AUGUUCGGAAUAGUUCACGAAUGGGAUGAUUUGAAGAAACAGACAAAGAAUCAUAAAAGAAGUGUAAAAGAAUUAGAGGAAAGCUACAACUCAAUCAGCCAAGGUCGAUUGUAUGCAUUUCAAAUGGAUGUGACCGAUGACGAGAGCGUUCGAAAAUCGAGAGAAAUUGUGGACAGGGUUUUAAAGCAAAAAAAUCUCGUUUUCCACGCGCUAGUCAAUAACGCCGGAGUGCGGGGCAAUAUCUUUUACGAUGAUUUUCUAACUUUGGAUGAUUAUAAAGAAGUAUGGGAUGUGAAUUUGUGUGGCGUGAUACGAGUAACACAAACAUUUCGAGAUCUUAUCAAGAAAUCCAGAGGCCGAAUAGUGAUGUGUUCAAGUAGCGCCGCGCUCGUUUGUGUACCUGGUUAUGGUCCUUACAGUUCAUCGAAGUGUGCUCUUCAAGCUUACACCGAUGUUAUCAGACAUGAACUUGGAUUGUAUGGAGUACAAGUGAUAACCAUAUCGCCGGGGUCCUUUCUAAGUGGAAUGCAAGAGACUCAGGGAAUAAAAAAUAUGAUCAACACAGUUUGGUAUAGAGCAUCAGAAGAUCUCCGCGAUGAAUAUGGCCACGAUUAUAUUGACAAAGCAAAAGUAUUUGUAAAUAAUCUUCAAUCAAAAAUGUUAUCCAAAGAUACGACGUGGGUAAUCAACUCUUACUACGAAGCUAUAGUUACGAGACGACCAAAAUUAUCGAGCAUAAUUGGUUGGGAUGCGUUACUUCUCUUCUAUCCAACUUCAUGGCUUCCGCCAUUUAUGCAACAGUAUAUCGUGAGAUUAGUUCUUUAUUUUCUCGACGCACCGCUGCCAGCAGUGAUAAACAAGAACAGAAAUUUGAGGAAUAACUGA